AUGGCGACUAUGAGGCUGUUCCUGCUGCCUCUGAGCCUGACUCUACUUUCUGUAGCAGCUGAAGACGAAGAAGCUUUAGCAAUGCCUGAUACUGUCUACAGGGCUGCCACAUUUCCUGCCACCACUGAGAAGCUUCUAGGAAAAUGGUAUAUAACUCGCUGGGCUGGAAACCUGCCCAUUCCUGCAAAGAAGAAGCUCAGUCCACUGCCACCCUUCACCUUUGUCAUUAAUGCUAUUGGGAAGUUGGAGUUCAGGAUGAAGAUCAUAUGGAUUGUCACCCAGUACAGGAUAUACACGCUGCAAGGAGGCCAGGAGCAUAGUGGCAACAUGGUGACCAUGCAGCUGCUCCUGCUGACUGUGGCUCUGACCCUGUCCUCUGUGGAGCAAUCAUCCUACAGGAAUCCUAGAUAUGUUGCCACUGCUGACAAGCUUCUAGGAAAGUGGUACAUAAUUCGCUGGGCAGGAAACCUGCCUGUAUCUGCAAAGAAGAAGCUCAUCCCACUGCCACCCUUCACAUUUGUCAAAAACAUCCUCAGCAACUUGGAAUUUAGGAUGAAUGUCUCAAAACCCACUGGGUGUGUUGAGUUCAAGAUAUCUCUGGAUGAAGAUAAAAAUAAACCUAGUGAUUUCUAUAUCUGGCCAAAGCAUAGGAUCACCAUUGAAUUCCUGGGCGGGAAGAACUUUGCUAUUGCCUUCCAUGUCAGCAAAGCCUACAAUCUAACCCUCACGAUGACAAUGCUUAUGGGUCGAAAUAUGACUCCAAAGAGAACAAUGUUAUUGGAUUUUGAAGAUACUAUAGAAAACCUGGGGCUGAACAAAACAGACAUCAUCCACCCUAAAUGUGAUGAUUCCUGUGAGUUGUCCAGAGAAAUUUAG